AAGGGUCGGCAUUGACUCAACUUGAGAAAUCUCAGUCAAGUAUUGUGCAGCUGCUUGCGUGAUUCCAUGCACACCCUGCCAAUCCACUUGAGGCGUUUCACUCGCGUCGAUACUCUUUCCACCUUCACAUCAGGUCACCGCAUCCCAACCAACUCACCUCUUAGCGGUGCUCUGGUAGCUCAAAAAUUGUGACAGCAGACUCUCUUAGCAAUCAGCAUGGCCUCCUCGUCUGCUGCUGCCCUUGCUUCUGGCCAGCCUCUCAACGCAUCUCCAAACAUCAACCAGGGCUCCUUUGAAAGCGGUCGCCCUGACAUUACUGGAGAUCGAAGAUGGACUCCAACGCUCUCCAGAGGGUCUCCGACAAAACGAGCUCGGAAUGCUCCUAGUGCUAGUCCAGCUGGAGUGCCGAGCCAGUACGGGCCUGCUUCACCCGCACGUCGCCAUUCGAGGCAAGCAAAUGCAUCGAGCGGCGAUGUUCUCGGCUCGCCCUCCAAUGACCAGGAGAAUCUUCCAGCUUUGCAGCACGAACAGGUCGCUCGAGGCCGCGCGACUUCUCCUUCGCCGAUCUCCAGCAGCCAGAAUCCAUCAGACUACAGGGGUGUAGAGCUUCACAGCGACGAACGAUCUCGACACAGAAGGGUCAGUCCGAGCAAGGCUCUGCUGCAAAAGCUGCGUCGGUCGCCGAGCCCAAAGAGGCGCAGUGCGGUCAGUGCGGGAGAUCGUAAGAGCGUGGAUGCAAGCGUGCAUGCGUUACACAACAAUGCUGCACAAACACACAAGCGUACCAGCUCCGCAGCUCCUUCGACUCCGGAUGUCGGUGCAGCUUUCGAGCAGCUAUUGGACACGCUCGAGGUUCCUGGCCCCCUCCGAUCCAAACUCGUUGCUCUGGAUGCAGGCGUCAAAGCAUCCAUGCUCAAAGGCAAUGCGACUCUCAAUCUCAGCAGCUUUGGUCUCGACGCCAAGCGUCGUAGCCAGGUACUGGCCAGCGGCACGGGUGGCGUCACCUCGUCAAACAUAUGUGGAAUCCUUUCCCCCCAACCCGGUGUAAACGCUGGCCAAAGCACUCCGCAGGACGUAUUCAGCGGUGUCAGUACCAGCAGCCUCUUCUCGCCCGUCAUGUACAGCGCGCCUCUGGGUCCUGGUCAAGAUGCCGGUACAAGUAAGCGACACAGUGGAUCGUUCAAUAUGCAAGCUUCAUCUUCCGCUCCAAGUUUGGCGACCGGCUCCAGUUCGGCUGUGAGCUGCGCCACGACGCUCAGAUGUGCCCCAGCACCCUCGCUCGACGUGUCCCGCGUCAAGAGAAUCCGAGCAGCGAUCGCUUGCGAAACUCCCGUUUGGAUCAGUGACUUCUGCAAUGCUGGCGGCUACGUAGCUCUGUGCGAAAGAUUGGAGGAACUCUUGCAGAUGGAGUGGAGAGAGGAGCAGCAUGACGACCACCUCUUACAUGAGCUUCUGAGAUGCUUUGUCGCCUUUGGGACCACCGAGCGAGGCAAAGCCGCGUUGGUCAGCAGAGCGCCUGCCCCCUUCGCUCAGCUAGGCAGCCUUCUUUGGAGCGAGAAAAAGCCAGGCGAUCUGACUACUCGGAGAUACUUGGUAGAAGUGCUCCUUCUGUUGCCAGACCUCGAUCUCGGAAAGGUACAAGCUCUGCCUCCUCGCGAAGGUUCCUCGCUCCACGUCUGCGCUCAUCACAGACCAGGCCUGCAGCUACUAUUGUCACUCGUGCACAACGAGCCCAACCCCUCUGUGGAGACCAUCGUCCAUUUCGUCCGAGCUGGCCACGCAGCACGACCUUUCAAGGCGUGGAUGUCUGAGCUGAGUGGAGUCUGUAGAGACUACUUUUGGAUCUUUUGCCACUCUCAGAAUAGAUUCUGGCACUUGCCCGACGUGGACCAGCAGUCUGCUGCGGGACCCAAAGUGCCUGGUGGUAUGACUGGAGGAGUAGAGUUCGAAGCUAUGGGCUAUUUGACAAUGCAAUUUCGGGUGAUCAAUCGCAUUGGUGCUGAGCUAGUCGUCCAUGGCAGACGCCACUCUGAUCAUACGAUACCACCUCCAGCCCUCGAAUUCCACCAGCUUCUGUUCGCGAGCGGCAUGGAGAGGGUGAUCGCCACGCUGCGCAAAGCAUCUCAGACGUACUAUACACCCAUGCAUCUGGAACUAGCGCGCUACAUCUCCCUUUCUGACGCUGUGGGAAUGGCAAUGCCACCCAGCAUCGAUGCAUGGAGGCCUGCUGCAGCACCAGCUCCUUCGCUGGAGCGACAAAUUCGCAACGCAGAUUACGGCAGCUGGCUGAACAUGGACACGCCUAGCCCACAGGGAACGCCAACCAAGCCAACAAAGGCGCCGGACCACAAAUCCCCCGGACUUGCUGCUUCACGACCGCCAAACUCGAACUUCAAGGCAGUCGCUGUCAACCAGCGCGCCGCGGUGCCUGGCGAUGUCAUCAGGCCGACGCAGCAACGCCGAGGUAGCGUGGAAAGUGUAGGAGUCGGAGUGGCUCGCAGUCCACCUGGCAGUCCCGACCGCAAUCCCAUCGUGCUGGCGCCUAGCACGUCACCAACGCCCAAUUUUGGAUCCUUCCUUCAGCUCGAGGAAGCAGGCACUGCAGACACUUCUACCAUGACUACCAGUGAUGCGGCGCUUGUCAAGCGUCUUUCUGACAUGACGAGUCUGUAUCCGCCGCUGAUGGAGGGUGAAAGGCUGCCAAAUCCUCACCCUUCGCCGGAUCCCAGUGGAGAGGGUAAUGAUGCGGGCAGCACAGGUGCCAGGACCGCGAGCGAGCCAUCCAGCAACUUGCCGAGUACUGAGGCCCAUCAGCCUGGCAACGCGAUGGGCUUUGCCCCGCCAGGCUGGGAGCUUGUCGAUAACCCCAGAGCGCAACAGCAGACACUUCCUCAAGGUCUUCGACCAGGAGCUGCAGACAGUUUCGUUGGGUCGGCCAUUCGCCAAUGGGAACAACGCCGCGAUGCAUAGAUCUGUCGAAGCGUGGUGACUUGUUCCCAAGAGCCCACUGGUGGGCUCUUCGCGCUAUCGGCACGGCCAUCAUCCAUUGACUGGCGAUCGAGUCCGCAUUUUCGUGUUUAACAUCAAAAUCUGUUCCAUUCCGUACCAGUACUGUCCCAUGCCCAGUGUCCUCCACAUCGCUACUCCGCUUCAUCCCCGCUUCUACCGCCACGAUUUCAAUGAUCGAUACAUAGAUGAUCUAGAGCAGAGCGCAAUGUCGUGGCGUGAUCGGAGAUACAGCUCGCUGCGACUUUGGCAGCUUUCUCACAUCAACGAGUUCGCGCGGG